AUGAGUGAGGGGUCUGGGUUAGGGGAAGAUAACUUUGGAGAGACAUGCUUGGGGAGCAAAACACAUGACCUAGAGCAGAAUGGUGGCAGGGAUUCUGUGAUUUCCAGUCGUGCAGAUUUGGCAGUGCGUCCGCAGAACUAUGGCAGUUUGGUACAAGAGAAGUCACCGCCCAGUCAUCGUAUAACUUCAUGCUUUGUUGUGUGGCUGACUUUCCUGGCUGCAUGUGGAAGUUUCCUGUUUGGCUAUGACACAGGUAUUGUGUCAGGUGCCAUGUUGUACCUUCGGGAGGAAUUUGAACUAACGGAUAUCCAACAGGAGGCAGUCAUCAGCGUUACCAUUGCAGCUGCAGCAGUUUUCUCCCUUAUUGGUGGCAUGCUGAAUCACACUAUUGGACGCAAGCGUACCAUAAUUAUCGCAAGUAUUGCCUUCACCAUAGGGGCGCUUGUUCUUGGGUUUGCCUUGAACUUGGCGAUGCUUAUAAUUGGACGUCUGGUCGUUGGAAUUGGUAUAGGGUUGUCAUCAACGACUGUUCCAGUGUAUGUCGCAGAAUGCUCGCCACCAUGGAAUAGAGGCAGGCUUGUCACAGUCCAUCAGUUUAUGAUCACCAUUGGAAUGUUCAGUGCAAACGUAUUUGCUGGGGCAUUCAGCUACAUUCCCAACGGGUGGAGGUAUAUGCUUGGUUUGGCAGGGGUUCCAUCUGCCUUUCAGCUGAUUGGCUUUCUGUUCAUGCCAGAAAGUCCUCGCUGGCUUGUAAGUGCAGGAAGGUUAAAAGAUGCUGAGUUCGUUCUUAAGAAAAUCCGGGGCUAUGAAAAGUUUCUGAGGAGUUCGCAGCCAUUGAAAAACACCUGUAUCUUGGGAAGAAUGUUUAGGAGUAAGACUGUAAGAAGAGCUCUUUUCAUUGGAUGUGGACUUCAAAUGUUUCAGCAGAUUGCAGGGAUAAACACAGUUAUGUAUUACACAGCAACCAUAAUGAAGAUGGCAGGUGUCUGGGAGAACAGCCUAGCUAUUUGGUUGUCUUGUGUUGUAUCAGGCUUCAAUGUACUAUUUACAAUAGUGGCUCUGUUUCUUAUCGAUAGAGUGGGGAGAAAACCAUUAGUUGUCGUUAGCUUUAUAGGUGUUCUAGUUAGCCUGAUAGUAUUGGCCACAGGGUUUCAGCUGGCAGCUGUUCACUCACCUGCAGUAACAAAGGAAACAUCCAGUCAAGAAUGCUUAAAGUAUAGUGACUGUGACCAGUGCAACGCCUCUCCAAACUGUGGGUUCUGUUUCAAUGAUCAGAACGGUACAUUCACAAACGGCUCUUGUCUGGUCACCGCAGGGGCGUACAAAGAGAACUCUGUAGCUGGCCCCUGCAGUGCAGAACAACAAACAACUCUGAGCUCCAUCUGGGCUUAUGAUUUCUGUCCAUCUAAUUAUGCGUGGAUCACCUUUUUGGGAAUGAUCAUGUACAUAGUGUCCUUUGCUCCAGGUCUGGCGCCUGUUCCGUGGACAAUGAACUCUGAGAUUUACCCGUUGUGGGCGAGAAGUGCAGGAAAUGCGUUGGCCACGGCAACAAACUGGACCUUCAAUCUCGUCAUUGCCAUGACAUUCCUCACCUUAACAACGACUUUAACUAAAUAUGGUACCUAUUGGUUGUAUUCUGGGUUAGCUGUGGUGGGUAUUCUCUUUGUGAUAUGGUUUGUCCCGGAAACCAAGGGUAGGUCACUGGAGGAGAUGGAAAAAGUGCUGUCACAACCAUGGCUUGUUUGUCCUUGGUAGAUAUUAUUAAACAUCAUCAGUAUAAUGUCGUCAUGGAAAAUGCCUUCCGAUCCUUAAAAAUUAUCUUAUGAAUUUGAUAUUCUCAGGUCUGAUAUUUAUAUGCAAGAAUAUUUACUAAAUUACAUAUUCUGUAAAGAAUGUACAUACCGGUAUUACACCUUUAUGUGAAAGACCAACACACAAGAAUUAUCUGUGAUGUUAUUGGCUCUGGUAUUUGCAGUGAAAUGCAUGUGCAGGUGCUUAAUUGGUGCAUUUGCAUAAAACCACAUAUCAAAUCUCUUACAGUUUGCCUGUAACUUUGUUACUAUGUUUAUAUGGCUUCAAGUGAACAGUUUAUAAGUCAUAAAUUUGAUCAAAGUCAUGCUAACUGCCUCUGACUCUGCGUUAACCCCUCAAUAGGGAUUUUCGAGUUUGAACUUUUUUAUUGCUGAAGUAAAAGAAGUCACCCUGUAACAUAAGUCUGGUUCCCUGACGUACUCUGUGUACCUUGAAUGUGAUGUUAGGUACAUUACAAAGCUAUCUGACCUAUGUUUGGUCAUUUAUAUAUAGUAACACAUUCACAGAGGGAAAAGCCUAUCAACUAAUACCCUGCAAAGUUAAGCUGGUUUAACUUGCGAUAGUGGCUUUGAGCCAGUUUGACGUCGCCUGUGUGAACGCAAACUGGGGGCAUUUACUCCGGUUUAUUUGCCCCAGCUAUCGAUGUUGUUUUAAGCCAGUUUCAGGGCUUGAGCAGGGUUAUCUGCGUCAUGUGAACGAAACGGUAACUGUAUUAAAUGCCCGGCUACAUGGAGGUCAGGAUGAUGUCGUAAUGACUAAACCGGCUGAAAUGUGACCAUGUGAAUGGACAAAUCCCUGAACUGGUUUAAAACAGGCUUGGCCACAUGGUCGUGUGAACACAAGCAUUUUUUUUACAACUGGCUUCGAUUUAUACUAGUUCAAAUUUGAUCUGGUUUCUAUUUUUGCCACGUGAACAGGUAAUAGUAUGGCUACAAUGGGAUUGUUGUGAUUCCCCAACAUUAGGAUUUGACAUCACAAUGUACAACACCACUGUGGUGUCACAAAACUAUGCACAGAUAGAACAGAAGCAAGUCUUGUGUUGCACGACACAGCAUGUUGUGUUAUGCAGUUUCACCUGUGACAUAUUUGAUCUACCCACUGUGACAUUAGCAGUGUUGACGCUGCAGUGGAAUGUCCAGUGUAACUGAAAUGAUGUAAUACAUCCCACUUCCGACUUCUGCCAGUAUCCCAUUUAUACUGUGUCUACCCCUACAUCUGCAGUGAUUAGGGCCAUCUAAUGUCAGUGGGAGGGAACCAGCCAGCCUAUAUCGAGCAACCAGCAACUAUUUUACCUUAGAUACAAAAGAGUUUCAUCUCAAAAUGGCUCUGGCAAUAUUCUACAGAAAUAUUACAAAGCGGGCUUUUAAUGUGCUCUAGAAAAUAGUGGGUUAGAAAGUACUCUGACAAAAUCAGUGUAGUAGUCUUAAAUUUUAUGAUUUUAUUUUAAGUAAAUAAUAUACUACUUCAAUGAUUAACUUUUCUGUGCGUUUGGGAAUAUAUUCUAUAUUAGUUAGUUUAUGGUCAGUUGAAUCAAGACUUGUAUAUGUGUAAUAAUAGCUGUGAUAAUAGCUGUGAUACUGUUAAUGAAAUGACUUAUUCAUGCAGAUCACAUCAUGGAUAGGGGUCUACAUGUUUAGAUAAAUGAUAAUAGUUUAUAUUGACUUUAGGAGCUUUAUGUAUUUAUCUUCUGACAUACGUUUAAGUUGUAUUUAAACAGACAAAGUUGAGCAAUUCUACAUGUAUCUUAUAAGUAGUAGACUUUAAACUAUGUCAAUGUGCCAAGGACAGCCUGUGGCUUUUGUGUAUAAGAUCUAGCUCUCUUCAUUCCAUAAACUUGACCAAUGGCAUGUAAGUCAAAUUUUAAAUUUGAAUCCAAUUCAUAUCCUUAAUCAAAAAAAAAAAAGAAGAUAAUAAUUAAUAUGGUGUAUUUUAACUCUCAUGCUGCCAGUUGUUUUCACGUAUAUGGUUUUAAUUGUUCUGUGGGAAAAUGAUCUAUACUAUUGUUUCAUGUCUGUCUAAUUGUGUAAGAAAAACUUGCUCAUGAGCAAUCAGUAAAAUACAUGUAGCCUUUCUAAUGUUGAUUAUAGAUGUUUUUAAUAUUUCCACAGUCUCAAAGGCUCUCCAAUGUGUACAUUGUAUCUUUAUUUCAACAGUUUAAAUAUGAAACUAGUUUUGUAUUCUGAUUACAUGUUGCUUUUAUUCAGGUGUCCUUCAAUCUUGUUGCUAAAUCCUUAAUCUCCUCCACAUAUUUCAAGUGCAAUAUAAUAUUGUAAACUUUGUGAAAAGUUGAAGUUGGGAAAGAUAUGAUAAUUU